AUGCAAUUAUCACAAGACUGUGAGUUUAUACAACUCCUAGUCUAUACAAUAGCGUUGUUUCCCCUUGUCCCUAAAUCCGCAGCCAUACUCCUCUUUCUACUACCCUGUUUUAUCUCCCUGCCACUCAAUAUGCUCGGCAAAAUCGCCCACUACAGCUUUGACGCAAUCUUAUUCUCCGCCUUUCUAGCAGGCGUUAAGCGGUCCACCGGUCUCACUUUCCAAACCGAGAAGAUUGAAUCCAAAGACGUCCGCUCCGCAAUCGACAAAUACCUCAACAUUGGAGAAUGGUUUAUGGAUCAGAGCAUUGCCGCGAUGGGCAGCAGCAAUUACUUUGAGAGGAGACGAUAAUCUACUCAUUCCUUUACGGCGGGGGGGUUCACGAAUGAUGAUUGGAUGGUUUUCUCCUGUUCGACAAAAAAAGAAAAAAAGAAAACCCGUAUGAAAAUAAAUAAAAGUUCGGUGGAUGUCCUGGGAAGGAAAAACGAUUCGAUGACUAUAUACUGGGUUUGGAUCAUUGGGUCGGUUUCACGUUCUUUGCCUUUUUCUUCUUCACUUCGAAACUGUCACUGCGCUCGUUCAAAGGGUACAUGGAAUUGGUGUUUUUCUCUCUCCCCUCUUAUUCUCUUUGUUUAGCUAUGAUAUAAUUCUCUCGUGGCUUCCACGCCGUAUUUUACCACCCUCCACUCCUUUUAUUUCCAGACCUACUAUUGCCGUGCCGCCCCCAGAAGCUCAAGAUAUCAGCUUCCUCUUCCUUCCAACUACUACAGAUGCACGUAACCGGAUGGCCGGGCAGAUCGACGGACGGAUGGGGAAACCUGGGUUUUUUUCUCCUUUGUUUCUUGUUCUUCCUCGUAUAUUGGAGUACAAUAAGAAAUUUACAUUUAUACAU